AUGCCGAGUUGUUCUCGAAUCUCAAAUCUGUUUGAAGUUUAGUUCUUCAUGUUUUCACCACCGGCCUACCAAAUAAAUACUCCAUGAGGCCACCGGGCAAUGCCGUGUCUCAAGCGGUUCACUGGCGUUCACGUUCAUGUAAACAAUGCUUUCGUCAAUGGCACCGGGAUCAAUCCAGAUAUGCAAGCACAAUCCCAAGACCGCCACGAAGCCCUCACAUAGCAAGCCACGGAUCACAGGCAUUUCCCCAUCUCGGUUAUUAUGCUGGUAAGGACCAAGGACACAGUCCAUUCUCACCUGGUCCGCAGCUAACAAGGAAAGAAAUCCUUGGGAACCCUCAAGGCAAAUCGAUUGCCCAGCGGCACGAGGAUUCGGCGAAGACCAGCGAAUCCGACCAAGCAUGGAAGGACGAGGUCGCUGCGAAAGCCCGCGUCGUGUUCGGUUCUCGCCUCGCGGGGCCGAUCCAACGGAAGGCCGAGAUCGCGGAGGCCUCGAAGCUGAUCGCCGGCGUGCUCGUCCCGCCUCGGCCGGGAGAACCCGAUAACUGCUGCAUGUCGGGCUGCGUGAAUUGCGUCUGGGACCAAUACGGGGAGGAGCUGGAAGAGUGGGCGGAAAAAUCGGCGGAGGCGAGAGCGGCGGUACAGAAACAACGUGGUCAAGGGAUCGGGACUGGGAUGAUGACGGCGAAAGCAGGUACCCCGAGUCAUGUAGCUUCGUCGAUGGAUGACGAUGGAGGGGGCAGCGAGACCAAUUGGGGCCUUGAUGCUUCAGCGGCUGGAAAGACAACGGAGGAUCUAUUCAAGGAUAUACCGGUGGGGAUCAGGGAAUUCAUGAAGACGGAGAAGAUGCUCAAGGAAAAGCAUAGACAAGAGGGAUCCGCAUAGAUGUACGAUACCACAUAUCACUUUGGGGUUUUCAACUUUGUAUGUCGGUCAACGGCUUUCAGGAAUGAAUUAUGCGGCCAGAAACUCGGGAUCUAAGCGUAAGGCGAGUGCUUCCAACGAGUGUAACGGGUACUAAAUAAGUGCUUCCCACCGGAACGCCAAAGGAAUCGACUGCGGCACAUGCUACAUGACUGUACAGCAAGAGUUCUGCUUCUUUGCCUUGGUAUAAAACAUCUUACUUUGUGCGCUCAAUCCAUCGCUCUUAGCUACUAACGCAUCGAUCUUCUCUCCACGCU